CAACACAAUAGUACAGCUAGAACUGAUCUAGAAGUCACCAACAAAACCGAAAUUUCAAUAUGAAUAUUUGAUGCACAACACGUAGGAUUCCAAGAAAACUUGUGGCCCUGAAUAACAAAAUUAUCUGAUGCGUCGUGCACCAGAGUUAUCAAUAGUGCGCACACUAUAAGCGGCACGACAACACAGUUCUCUACUUCCAUCAAGAAGUCAUCACAAAUUAUGUCCAUCGGGUACCACAGCAUGCUUUUUAAUAAGGCAUUGAGGCCAGCAUGGGUAGUUGGCUGGAGACCUGCCAGCAGUCUUUCUCGGGAGAAGAAGAAGAAGGUUGCUGAGGGACCUUCUCUGAGUGACUUCAUAUCAGGCGAGGUGACAAAGGACACCAGUUGGGAAGACUACACUGGCAAAUUGCGCAGGGAGGCUGGAGAGUCUGCACGGCUGCGUCUCCCACCCUGGCUCAAGAGGGAGAUCCCCGUUGGCAAGAAUUACAGCAAGCUCAAGGCAGAUCUCCGAGGCCUCAACUUACAUACUGUCUGUGAGGAGGCACGUUGUCCCAACAUUGGAGAGUGCUGGGGUGGAAAUGAUGAUACUGUGUCAACAGCAACAAUCAUGCUGAUGGGUGACACAUGUACCAGAGGGUGCCGCUUCUGUUCAGUUAAAACAGCACGCAAGCCACCACCCCUGGACCCCAAUGAGCCCUUGAACACUGCCACUGCCAUUGCUGAGUGGGGCCUGGACUAUGUGGUCCUCACCUCUGUGGACAGAGAUGACGUUCCUGAUGGUGGUUCAUCUCAUUUUGCCGAGACAGUGAAGGAGCUAAAGAGACAGAACUCUUCCAUACUGGUGGAGUGUUUAGUGCCUGACUUUGGUGGCAACAAGGAAAGUGUGGCCACUAUUGCCUCCUCCGGCCUUGAUGUGUUUGCCCACAACAUUGAGACAGUGGAGUCCCUCACCCCCCGAGUACGUGACCCCCGUGCCAAAUACAGGCAGUCACUGAAGGUUCUGGAGGAUGCCAAGGCAGUGAAGGAGGAUCUGGUGACUAAGUCAUCCAUCAUGCUUGGCCUUGGAGAGACAGAUGAAGAGGUGUUACAGACCAUGAAAGACCUCCGCAGUGCUGGUGUGGACUGCCUGACACUCGGCCAGUACAUGCAGCCCACCAAGAGGCACUUACGAGUGGCUGAGUAUGUCACUCCUGGCAAGUUCCAAGAGUGGCAGGAGAUGGGAGAAAGUCUGGGAUUUGCCUACACUGCUAGUGGCCCUCUAGUGCGCUCCUCCUAUAGGGCUGGUGAACUGUUCCUGAAGAGUCUGUUGCAGGAGAGGAAGCAGAAGGGGACUUAAGUGAGUAUGCUUUGCCAGCAUGGAGAAAAUGAUGGAUUAGGGUGUGAGUCCUAAGCUGAAGGUUGGUAACAUUGUAAGUCAUCAUUUUUUUUUUUUUUAUUCAUUAUUUGUAAUUUCUGAAGAUACGUCAGUUAUAGAACAUAAAGGCCAUCAUGAGGGUACCCAUGUGUACUUGUUAGAACCAUUAGUAAAUGGUAUAUGUAAAUAAGUCCAGCUCAUCAUAUAUAUAUAUAUAUAUAUAUAUAUAUAUAUAUAUAUGCUGACUGCCAUCAGAGAAUGAUAAAAGAGGUGGUUCCCCCUCCUACAUGCACACUAUACAGAGUUGUAUAAUAAGUUCUGUACAUAUUGAUGCAGACUUCAUGUUACAUUAGAAUUCAUGCACCACAGCUUUGUAAAUGUAUAAAUUAAUGACCUCUGCUGAUAGUUCAAGUGUGUUCCUUAUCUAUUACAUUUGUGUUAUUAGUACUUUUAUUUUUAUUCCCUUUCUAUAGUUACUCCUGCAUUCUGCUUUUCUCGUAAGAUGCCAUGUUUUGGGAGUAGCUUCUUCAUCCAUCUAUCUAUCUGGAUACCAGGUUGGCAUCUCCAUUAAGGGAGGGUGAACUGAGACUGAGCCAUGUCUAUAGGAAAUGGUCAUUCUAUGAAAAAAACAAUUUUUUUUUUCUAUUGAGCUGCUGAUUUUGUGGGCAGGUGACAGGAACACAAGGUGUCAUCCAGAAAGAGGAUUGGGCAUGUGCUAAGCUGCUUACUACUUGUGUUAUCAGUUUUUUUUUCAUCCCAUUUUGUACAUUUUAAAUGUAAAUGAUAUGAGGGAGUGCAUGGGUGCAUCUGGCAGGGUCCAGCGGUGUAUGGACACAGUUAUGAUGCAGGUGUGGGGCACCCUGUAGGAAGUACUCUGCAUCUGCUGUGAUCUAAAAGAAUUGGAGUAGGUGUGAAGUAGAGAAUAGUUUCAUUAUGAAGGGGCAAGGGUAAACCAGUGUAUACUGUCAGGCCUUGCUGUGGAAAUAUAAUGCCAGGUGUGUUAUGGCCAAGCUCCUGGGGUGUAGUGAAGUGCUCCAUGAGAGUGUCCUUUUUCUUUAGGGGCCAAUGGGGCUAAGAGUGUGAAUGAUGUGUGUAUGAGUGGGCAGGUCGAGACAGAUAGAUGUUGAGCUGAAAAUUUGUUCAUGUAGUGAAAGUAUGAUACAAUCUUAGGAUUAUGUGAUAUUGCUUUGUCCCUUGUUGAAUUUAUGUCAAAGAUACAAUAUAAAGCUUAGUAUCAGUGAUCUUAUGGAUGUAUCCAAAAACAUUCAGGAGUUACCUAAGUGACCAUGUGUAUGAUGUAAUGAAAUUAUAUACAUGAUUAUUUACUGUUUUUGGAUAUUUUGUGGAAUUAACACGGUUUAUUUAAUUUAUUAAAGAUGCUUUGUAUGGGCCAUCUUGUAUGGGACUGUUGACCUGAUAUGUAGAUAGGUAAGUGUAAAUAUGUGUCUUUGUUGUGCCUAAUAUUCAAAUAUAUAUUUUCAUCCUAUAAGAAA